UACUUGGUCUUUAGUGGGAAACGUGGAAAAUGUCAUUACAUACUGAUAGUUGCGACAUCAAACUAUCUUCUUAAACAAUUGACCUACACAAAGGCCAGAAGUUCAUGUAUUUCGAUUUGUGUGAAUCGUAAUACUGUAAGCAAUAUGGCUUCUUCCAUAGUUGCUGCAGCUACUGUUCGUGCUGUCAAAGGCAGAAAAAUACUUUCUACACGAGCUGCACUUACUUUGACACCAAACGCAGUGAAGAAAAUCAAGGAGUUAUUGAAAGAUAAAAGCGAAUAUAUUGGUCUAAAAGUCAGUGUGAAGCAGCGAGGAUGUAAUGGCCUUAGUUACACUCUUGAUUACACCAAAGAAAAAUCGAAAUUCGAUGAAGAAGUUGUUCAAGAUGGUGUUCGCAUCAUGAUAGAUAAAAAGGCACAGUUAUCUUUGUUAGGUACUGAAAUGGACUUUGUAGAAACUAAAUUAAGUUCUGAAUUUAUUUUUAAUAAUCCAAAUAUCAAAGGAACUUGUGGAUGUGGAGAAAGCUUCUCUGUUUAGUUAAUUUAGAGAAUUAUAGUCAAUAUUUAGG